GUGGAUCUUGAGGGGCGGAGUCAGUCCAGGCGGGUGUCAUUUCCUGUGUGGGCGGAGCUACUGAAUGUCUGAGCGAUGUGAGGCUGAGCAGCUGUCACUCAAACCACGACCACCAGCAGCCAAUCAGCUCACAGUGUGGAGGACCAUCAUGCACCUGAAGCCGAAGCUGGCGCGCUCAGAGCGGAGCGCCGUGUUCCUGAGUCAGCAGGGCCCGCUCAGGACUGGGAGCGGUAACCAUGGCAACCGCCUCCCACUCAGCGUCAUCUCCACCAACACGCUGCGCCGUGGCAACGCCGUCACCCACGGCAACGGCAGCGUGGUGACAUCACUGCGGUUGAAGGCGUCCGGCGGUUCGCUGCAGCUCGUCUCCUCGCCGCCGUCGACCUGCGAGAACGAUUCGCGUCUGUUCCACGAGGACGGCGACGCGCCGCUGGACAUCUGGGCCGCCAUCAAGCCCGGACACGUCCGCGAGAAGAUCGCCAUCUUCACCUCAGAGGCGGGACGCUCGGAUGCCGCAGGCGGCAGCGAACGCACCUCCGGCGGCUCCGUGCAGCGAGCCGGGAAGGCCAAAGGAAGCUGGGAGGAAACGUCCAACGCUAAGCGGCGCCGGAGAAGCAACCAGAACCUCCAGCAGGACCUGAGGAUCCGGAUCCUGGACUCUCCUGACCACGCUCAAAAACCGUCGCCUCAGGGGGGGGACGAGGAGGAGGGGGAGGGGGAGGGGGAGGGGGACAGGAAGCUGUCGGUGGGAGACAUGGUGGCGUUCCUCGAGCUGAGAGCAAAACAACCCGAAAACAAACCGUCACUGCAGAGAAGCUCCGCCUCCAUCACACUGUCCAGAGCCCCGCCCCCUGAGGUCAGGGAGGGGUCAGAGGUCAGGGGGGAGGGAUCAGAGGUCAGGGGGGAGGAGCCAGAGGUCGUGCGGGUGUCAGACAUGGUGGCCAAGCUGGAGGGUCUGUCCCACAGAGACGGUCUGAGGAGGACGGUGGGACGCGUUCUGCUCGCCGCCGGGGACCAAAGCCCCGCCCCCUGCUCCCCCGCAGCCUUGACAUCAUCGCUGACAUCAUCACUGACAUCAUCGCUGACAUCACCACCUUCGUCAUCACUGCGGGCAGCUCAGCCAAUCAGCUGCUCGGAAACCCCAAGAACAGAGUCCUCAGCUCUGACCCCGCCCCCUCCUGCCUUAGCCCCGCCCUCCUCCUCUGACGUGGCGGGAACACCCCCCCAGGCGGAGGGGGCGGAGCCUUUGCCCGGCUUGUUGUUCCUGUAUCCGCAGCCCCGCUCCCCCACAGACGCUAAGCCCCGCCCCUCUCACCUUAGAAUGACCUUUGACCUGGACGCUGCCCCCCCGCGGCCCCCUCCCGUCUGUGCCAGCCUUUCAGAGAGGCAGCAGCGUGGCGUGGAGGAUGCGGUUGCCGCGGUGACGGCGUCGCGGCGGGGCUUCCUGCAGGUGCGUCAGCGUGUGCAGCAGCUGUUGGAGCCUCAGCCGUACCUGUCGCUGCUUCCUCACCACCUGCUGCUGAAGGUGCUGCUGCUGCUCGACACGCAGAGCCUCGCAGCCCUCAAGUGCAGCUGCCGCUACUUCCUGUUCAUCAUCGACACGUACGGCGUGCGGCCCGCGGACUCGCUCUGGGUGUCCGACCCCCGUUACCGUGACGACCCCUGCAAGCAGUGCAAGAAGCGGUACGGCCGGGGCGACGUGUCGCUGUGCCGCUGGCACCACAAACCGUUCUGCCAGGCGCUGCCGUACGGCCCCGGAUACUGGAUGUGUUGCCAUGGCACCCACAGGGACGCGCCCGGCUGCAACGUCGGUCUCCAUGACAACCGCUGGGUGCCGGCUUUCCACAGCAUCAAUGUACCGAUCUACAGAGCCGAGGACGACUGACUGUGUGUGUGUGUGUGUGUGUGUGUGUGUGUGUGUGUGUGUGUGUGUGUGUGUGUGUGUGUGUGUGUGUGCGUGUGUGUGCGUGUGUGUGUGCGCUCCCAUGAUGUAACAGACUCAGAUUCUGGUUUAAAGAAUAUAAAGAUAUAUUUUGAGUUAUUUUAAGAGAAUCUGGACUCUGGAUUCUGGACUAUGGCGCCCCCCCCCCCGCUGCUCAGACCUCACAGCCGACCCCCCCCAACCCCCAACCCCUGACCCCCGACCCCUGACCUCUGACCUGGAAGAGGAGUCCCGGCCAGGACUCUUCCUCUCCUCACAGAUCAGAGUCACAGCUGGUUUAUAUUUUAUUUAUGAAUCCUGACAGUUAUAAAGUUAUUGUUCAUAUCUCACAGUGG